AGACUCCAAUAUUUGCGCUCCAGAGAUAUCAUCAGUUCAUCACACAACAAAAGCACUCGAAUGCAACUCUAACCAUACCGCCAUUGAAGACAACCCACCCAGUCUCCUUCUCUUCCUCUUCUAUGCUACGUCUUGUUCACCACAAGCAUCAAUAGCUGUAGCUCAUAGCUAGGGUUUCUUCUUCUUCCACAUGGCGACUCUGCUAUUCUUCGCGCCGAGCGCGACCUCUUUUCCUUUCUUUUACCGGCCGACUUCAACGCCCCGCCCUCUCCUUCAUCGACCUCAUCACCACACUAAUCUCUUCCAUUCCAGGCACUUCCUUCCCGGUUCGCUUUCCGUCACCAGGUUCGCCUUCAAGCCUGGUUUCCUUCCGGAACCUCAUGGUGCUGAGGAGCUCGUCAAGGACUUGCUUGAUCGAGCUGACGCUUUUCUGUACACUGUUGCCGAUGCCGCUGUUUCAUCUUCCGAUACGGUGACUACCACCGCCAAACAGAGCAACGACUGGCUUUCUGGUAUUACCGGUUACAUGGAGAGCGUUCUCAAGGUACUAAAGGAUGGGCUUUCUGUUUUGCACGUACCAUAUGCUUAUGGUUUUGCUAUUAUACUCCUUACGAUUCUCGUUAAGGCUCUUACAUUUCCAUUGACAAAGAAACAGGUAGAAUCUUCCUUAGCUAUGCGGUCUUUGCAACCUCAAAUAAAGGCUAUUCAGCAACGUUAUGCUGGUGAUCAGGAAAGGAUCCAACUUGAGACUGCUCGGUUAUAUAAAUUGGCUGGCAUUAAUCCUCUAGCAGGAUGCCUGCCUACGCUUGCAACAAUACCUGUAUGGAUUGGGCUAUAUAGAGCACUUUCAAAUGUGGCUGAUGAGGGACUUCUUACAGAGGGCUUCUUCUGGAUUCCUUCCCUUGCUGGCCCAACUACAAUUGCUGCUCGUCAAAAUGGAAGUGGUAUCUCCUGGCUGUUUCCUUUUGUGGAUGGUCACCCACCUCUUGGAUGGUCGGAUACAUUGGCCUACCUUGUGUUGCCUGUAUUACUGGUUGUCACUCAGUACAUUUCUGUCCAAAUAAUGCAGUCGUCACAGCCUAAUGAUCCCAAUAUGAAGAGUUCUCAGGCCCUAACUAAGGUCCUUCCUUUAAUGAUUGGUUACUUUGCCCUGUCAGUUCCUUCCGGUUUAAGCCUUUACUGGUUCACAAAUAAUAUAUUGAGCACAGCACAACAAGUAUGGCUUCAAAAACUUGGAGGGGCUAAAAACCCAGUGAUGCAAGUACGUGAUAGUACAGUAAACGAUGACUUAAUGCAGAUUCAGAAGUCAGUCUCUGAGCUAAAUCCUCCCCCUAAAAGAGAGGCCAGUCUAGGUGAGAAGUCAACAUCAGAGGGGCCAAAACCAGGUGACAGAUUUAAGCAAAUAAAGGAGCAAGAGGCAAAGAGAAGACGACAGAGAGAAGAAGAAAAAAGGAAAGCAGAGGAGGCAGCAGGUAAAGCAACUGAAGUGCAUGAGGCAAGGGACAAAACAGUUCAGGGGGGACAUGGGGAUGGAGAUGAUUUAAUUGUUGUGAAGUCUGAGGCUGUGACCGCAAAUAAUGAUCCUUCUACUUCUGGUGUUGUUGUAAAUGGCAAUCCAUCUAGUGAGGAUUUUGGAAGACAUCAAAAUGCCACAUCUACAUUGCAGGCAGAAAAUAAUGGUUCUGCUAAUUUCCAGUUCAAUGAAAGGAAUGAGAGAAGUCUAGAAAAGGAAACAGAAGCAUACACACCUGCUGCCACAGACAGCAAGGCUCCUGCUGAAGACGGAGAUCAAUCAACAAAGGAUUGAGAAACCAGAAGAUAUAGGAAUUUCAGUGUGCCAAGAAUGACUGGCCCAUUUUCCAACUAGAGAAAUUUUAAAACACAGCCUCCUUUUGCAUUUUGUAAUCCUGGUUGCCAUUGUACAUCAGCCUGAUAGAAAUGGUAGUGUCAUCAGCGUGAUAGAAAUGGGAGUGUCAUCAUGAUGGCUGAUUUUGUAGCUUCGUAGUUGGAGUUUGUACUAUAUGUAAUUUUUCCCCCUUCAAUUCCAUGAAUAAAAAGAAUGAUAAAGGCAUCCUUAUUAGAAACAGAUGCUUCGGAUUACCUUUGCCAA